UGAAGGCAUCACCUCGUCCUCGUGCAGUGUUUACUCUGCGUCCGUCUCUCCGUCCGCUUCUCCUCGGCGCUCCGGUCCCUGAACGCAUCGCAGCCUGACCACCGCCGACAUGAAGCACAACAGUUUACCCCGAAUCGUGGUUAUUGUCGUCUGCACGGUGGUUUUCAUCGCCGUUUUGAUCAUCAACGCGUUGGCCGGAGCGGGCAGAGGUCCGUUCUACUCCACCACGGGAAAUGUGUCGAGCCGCUUCGAGACGGGCAUCACCCCGGCCGGCUGGACCUUCUCCAUCUGGGGGGUGAUCUACACCUGGCUCACCCUCAUGGUCAUCUACAUCACCACAUACGUCUUCAGAGGAUCGUGGGCCCAGCGUCUGCUGCCGUACGCCUUCUAUUUCUGCUGGCUCUGCAACAUGCUGCUGAACGUCACCUGGCUCCUGGUGUGGGACAGAGAGAUGAUGCUGGUGGCUCUGGUUGUGCUGAUCCUCAUCGCCAUCACCAACUACGCCGCGCUCUUCUGCUGUUGCUAUGCGACAGAUUAUUAUGGGCUGUGGUUGCAGACGUACCACCGCAAGGACCUCAUCUGUCUCCGGAUACUGGUGCAGAACGGUCUGGCGGUGUACACCACCUGGACGUCCAUCGCCUCGCUCAUCAACUUCUCCCUGGUGCUCCAGCUGUGGGGCGUGGACCGCAGCACGGCCGCCACGGCGUCGCUCUGCAUCCUGCUGGGCGAGGUGGCCACCUGGUUCAUCCUGGAGAACUGGGUUCUGGACCGCUGGGUGCGGAACAUCCUGACGGUGUACGCCGUGGUGAUCGUGGCUCUGGUCGGGAACGUCUACAAACACUUCGACCCCGAGGAUCCCACCCCCAACGCGGUGUUCAUGGUGGUGCUGCUGGCGUUGUCCUGCAUCCUCUUCGUCUCUCGCGUCUUCACCGUCAUCUGGAGGAAUAAGUACCGCCCCCUGCACUCGCCCGGCUCGGCCCGCCUCAUGGUUUCUCCUCUGGACGGCAGGAAGUUCAGAGUCUUCUCCUGAAGCUCCGGUUUACGUCUACAAUUCACCAGCAGCCCCAAUCAGAGAAGAAGAGUUUAAAUACUAAUAGACCACUACAUUAACAUAUGAAGUACCUUUUAUACUUGCUUUCCUUCAGAUUCAUGCAUCCUAUUGAUCUUCUGGGGCUGUUUCUUUGUUAUUGCACUUGUAAUUUUGCACUUUUUCUUAUGCUGUUGAUUCUGAUUGACGUGAAGUUUGACCCGCUCUGUUUGAAGGUGUUUGAGCAUUAAAGUCUCCUGUUGUCACAAAAACAGUCGUCUGCAUUUAAUGAAAGCAAAACAAAACACUUACAGGUGGUUUGUAGACACGAACACAUGGACAAACCUGAUCAAUCUGA